UCAGUUCUCACUUUUGCCGGUAAUCCCAUCUGGCUGGGAUGUUCCAAGACUGUCUGUUCGAGAUCCCGGCCCGAUCGUCUGAUAUCAGAGACAGCAGAACAACAGUCUACGCCGACUUUCCGAUAAGACAGUUCUUGAUGAAGCACCGCCACUUGAUAGCUUAAAACCACCAUGCACCAAUGAGGCACGCACGGGUCCCGUCUGUCGGGUACGGGUACGACAUCUCUACCCGGACUAGCCCCUUCGAACUUUUCGAGGUCGCAUCCCGGUGCUCGAUUCCAGUGUCGUGCUUACACACGUUGGCCUGAAAAGAAUAGCAAGCAUCAGGAUGGCCGUCAUGGCACGGAAGAAGCACCAUGCAUGCCAACAAAGGUGUGCUGGCGUCGCUGUCAGCACUUGAACAGACAAACAAGAAAGCUCACACAUAAAGCUGGCCACAGCUGAUGUGAGGACAACUUUUCAACGGUUAUUCGUGAGGAUAUCAGCUUAAUCUUAUCACGGCCGCUGAGCAACCCAAUCUCUAGGAUCCUACCAGACGCUCAGUGGCCUGAGUCCGAGGCCUUGGGACCAGGAUUCCAAACUCUGUGAUUACCUAUGCCUGAAUCGGCGGUACGUCCCCAAACACCCAAAGCUACCGCCCCUCAUAUCAGUUCAGCCCUGGACUGUCCAUGUGGUAUCAAAGGACGUUGUUCCGCACUGAUCCACGCGGCAGCAGCCAAUGAAACAAGCGAGAGAUGAGUGCGGACGACAGCAAAGCAUUCGCCGAGCUGCAAGCAAGCAGGCUCGCAGCCCGGCGACGGUGGUCAACAACUCGCCCCCGAGGACCCGACUGCCCUUUAUGGCCCGAACUGUGAUACUCUUUGAGGCUCAAGAUUCUGCAGUCUGCGGUGGGGCGUAAGCCGUUAUGUACCUCGCCAAUGUGGGAUGCAUAUGCCAGCGCACGGCAAGCCGGGCCUCGAGCUUGGUUGCCACCUUGGGAUGCGAAGCAAGCACCGACAGGGCAUGUGCUGCCCAAGAUACUAAAGAAGAGCGAGCACCUGCAGUUCUCGUUUCUCUGCUCCCUCUGUCUUCAGCUUGUCAACUCUCUCGGUAGUCUUUGCAAGUUUCGUGCGGCAUUGGUCUUGAGCACGAUUGCCCAAGAUGGCUUACCGACAACAACAUGAGAGCGUCCUCUCGACGUCGUCUUACUCUUCGACAGCGUACGAUCCGGCCGCUGCUUCGUAUACCGCCAUCAAGGAGCCAAAGGAACAUGACCAGCGAGGAAUCUCCGAUCCUAUGCUCGUCGACGAGUCGGACAGCAUCCCAGAAUGGAAGCCUUCCAAGCAUCAGAUGGUCAUCAUCACGACGUUAUCCAUCAUGUCGUUCGUGAUCGCCUUGGAUGCGAACGUGAUUGUCACGUCUUUGAGUUCCAUCAUCCAAGAUAUUGGGGGAACAUCUACGCAGGCUUUCUGGGUUGGCACAUCCUACUUGAUAUCUUGCGCAGUCGCAAUGCCUUUCUUGGCCUCUCUGAGUGACAUCUUUGGCCGACCCAUCAUUCUGAUCGGCAGCUUGGUUUUCUUCACUGUUGGAACUAUCCUUUGCUGCGUGUCGAACGGCAUCGGGCUGCUUCUCGGAGGUCGUGUUAUUCAGGGCAUUGGUGCCGGCGGCAUGUAUGUGCUCAGCUUGGUCGUCUUUACCGAUAUUGUGCCACUCCGCCAUCGCCCCAAGUACUACGGCAUCAUUCAGAUGGCGUGGGCUAUCGGCUCCCUCACCGGCCCCAUCAUCGGCGGUGCUGUUGCGGAGCACACUACCUGGAGAUGGAUCUUCUACCUGAACUUCCCCAUCUGUGGCUACUCCCUGCUCGCCAUCCCUAUCCUCUUGACCUUGAAGCCUCCUACGGCGACCUUCAGCGAGAAGCUCAAGCGUGUCGACUGGCUUGGAGGCUUCUUGUUCAUUGGCUCCAUGGUUACAUUCCUCGUUGGCAUUUCAUGGGGCGGCAACGACUUCCCCUGGCGCAGCGCGCAGACUUUGGUGCCCGUCUUCAUCGGCGCUGCCGGUUUGACAGUUACCUUGUUCUACGAGCACAGCUACGCGAGAUACCCGUUCUUGAAGAAGAUUCUCUUCACCGAUCGUAGUGCCAUCACGGUUUACGUCCUCGGCCUUCUUCAGGGUUUCAUUCUCUACGGUCAACUAUACUACAUCCCCUUCUACUUCCUGUCCGUCUCGCAGUACAGCCCCACCAUGGCCGGUGUAGCCAUGCUGCCCGUCACCCUUCUCCUCCUCCCAGGCUCCAUCAUCUCCGGCAUCCUCGUCUCCCGCUUCAACGCGUACCGCUGGUCCAUCUGGAUCGGCUGGGCCCUGAUGUCGAUCGCCUCCGGCCUCCUCAUCUACUGGGACGUGGACACCUCCUUGCCCGUGCACAUCGUCACCCUCGCCGUCGGCGGCAUCGGUCACGGCUUCGUCCUCAACGCCCAGACUUUUGUCACGGGCGCCAUCGUCGAGCCCGAGAACUCGGGUCACGCCGCGGCCAUGUACCUCUUCCUGCGCAUGCUGGGCUGCGCCAUCGGCGUCAACGUUGGUUCCACCACGUUCCAGAACGUCAUGGCCAUGAAGCUCGAGCGCAAGGGUAUCGCGCAGGAUAUCGCUCAGCGAGCCGAGGAGUAUCUUCUCGUCAUCAAGGGCCUGGCAGACGGCACGUUCAAGGAUGCUGUCCUGGAGUCGUAUGCGUACGGCUUCAAGGGCGUCCACGGUGUGUACGUCUCGCUGGCGGUGAUUGCCUUCUUCGCGAGCUUCAUGAUCCGUCACUAUGAUUUGAACAAGAUCCACGAGACGGCGCAUACGUUGCACCAGAACCGGGUGUCGAGAAUGUUUGAUACCCGCAAGAGCGCGAGCCAGGGACGGCCUCAGCCUAUUCCCUCGUCGCCUGGUGACAGUUCUUAG